UUUUUAAACAAAUCGUUAGAAUGCAAAGAAAUCAUCUUUUUCUUACCAUUUUUAACUUCUGUUUUGAUUCCUUCAGUCUCAAAUGAUAAUUUUUUGUUAUUUAAAGUAAGAAUUAAGUGCCGUGAUUCUACUCGUGUUGCAUUACGCUAUCCCAGUAAUGCUAGCUAUGAUUUUAUUCAUGCAAAUUAUAUUCAGAUUGGAUCACUGUUUAAUAAAUUUAUCCUUACACAGUAUUCAACUUCUGACAAGAACUUCUGUGAAUGUAUUUAUCCGUAUAUUUUUAUGUUAAUAAGCCGAAAAGAUAUUUCCAGAUGUGCUCGAUACUGGCCAAGGCUAGAAAUUUCUUUUGGAGAUCAGAUGGAAUAUUAUGGUUUAACAAUCAGUAACAAAGGAAUUGAUGAAUUUCGUUUACCACUGUUUCGAGUCACGUAUUUGACGGUUGCUGGACCUGACGAAAAAGAACUACACGUGGAGCAUUGGCAAGGUGACAUGAAUAAUUCUGACAAUGUUGCAUUACCUUUACAACUUUUACGUUUAGCGCGGAAUUGCUCAUAUCCAACAAUCAUUCACUGUCACUUGGGAAUUAGUCGAUCCGCCACUUUAGUUGCUGCUGAAAUUUGCAUAACUUGUCUACUUAAAGGCCCAUCAUAUAAACAUUGUGUACAAAAAGCGGUACAACUAUUACGAUCUCAACGACCAUUUUGCAUUGAAACACCCAUGCAAUACAUCUUUGUACAUCGUGUUGUGCAAAAAUUUUUGCAAGAAUAUGUUGGCGAUCCGAAUGGAUUUUAUGCAGAAUACAAAAGUUGGGUAGAAUCUCGAGCUUUGAGACCAUUUAUUGAUGAUGUCGAGGAAACGAUUCCUGGUUACCGAUUGCUAUCACCUCGAAUUGAUCCUGAUCUAAUUGCUUUAGUACGACAUCGUGAACGACCAGAUUAUCGUCGAGAAACUCAUGACUGUGUUGGAAAGAUGCCUAUACCACUAAAAAUCACUCCAGAAAAACAGUUUGAAGAAUUUCCAAUUACAAAAUGUUAUCCACGUGGUGAUCGGUAUGACUGA